AUGCUCCACAUUUUACGGGCUUACGAACAGGCGUUUGACGUACAUUUCCUCAUGUACUGUCAUUUUCGCGAUCUCAAAACACAAAACCGACUGCCGGAUCCUCGGUUUGUGCUUGCAGCGAUCAACUGUGUUCGGUCGGCUCGGACUAAAUCUCACGUCGUCGUCACAAAAUCUACAGACUUGGAAAUUUGGGGAAAGUUUGAUCCUCAACUAUCUGACCUUUCUUCCGAGGACUUCCAGGAAGACCAUGAAGACACCGCUUACUGGGGAGCCAAUGCCAUGAUCCUGAGUCGGCCCGAUUUGGCCAACGAACAUGGGAUCGUACCAAGACGGUUUCAUGACAUUCUGCCAAAGAAGCGUGGUAGAACACCUCUAUAA